CAUUUGGCUCAACACAUCAUAACUGUGGAAUUUGCAUUUGAUGAAUGAAAUGAAACAGCAGUACAGUCCAUGUACACUGAGCGAACUUGGUCACAAGAUUCUUGUUCCAAACAGUGAAUGGGCGGUCUAGCUGACAAUUUAACAAAACGGUUUGAUUAUGCAUUGAUAACUGGAGACCAGAUAAGAUUAAAAUUGCAUCCCCAUCGCAUCGUUUUAUUUAUUUACAAUAGUAUGUACGGCCCGAUGGUGCAUGCGAUAAACGGCGCCAGUCCACACGGCAGGACCCCGUAGCAAGGACUGACUAUACGGCUUGGUUUGGUAAAAAUAAGUCUAGUAAGCCAGAAAUGGCCGGCGUGACCUGUAAGGUCGUUAAAGCCAAGAAGAGAGAGUGUAGGUACUUCCUACGAUUCUCUCAUUUGUGGUAGCAUUUUUGCAACUAUUUCGGAAAACUUUCAAACACAAACAUUAUUUUUUUCUAGCUAUAAAAACUGUUUUGGUAUGUGUAAUUUACACAGUGUGAAAUAGAAAUUUAACACACACACAACGUUUUGAUUGAUCGUAUGUAAAUAUUAAUCAAUAGCGCCAUCUUGUGCGAUCUUCAUCACAUUUUACCCGCCAACCAUCGAACCGUACAAUGUCGUACGUCUCUGUAUCGUCGUGCAAUUAGAAUUAAUCGCUUCCUUCACAGCCCUUCAAGCCCACCGUCUCAACCCGUGCCCUAUGUGCAAUCUGUAUUGAAUGUGCACAAACUAUGAUUUAAUUCUGCCGCGAACUAGAAAACCAUCUGUAUUGAGAGACGUACUCGCACUGGUGUUGUGUGUGCACGCACGACGAUGCUCUUGUUAAAGUAAUUAAAAUGCGUUCAUGAAUCGGCCACGUUUCUUCACUAGCGCCAAGUGUCGCACAAGCAUCGCAAGAAGUUUGUUCUUGCUAACCGAAACGAGAUCUCUUCUACCAUAUGUGGUGCGAUCGCUGGGUCGUAAAGUUGGGGCUGAUCCCGCAGUAUAAAAAGAUCACCAAAUUCUGCCAAAAGUUCAGUUGUUCGGGUGGUGUUAUCAUGUACACACUGGAAGCUGGUCCCACCCCAAGUGCUUAAGUAUCGGAAGAAAGUGCGUGAAGUGAGCCCGUGAUUCAGCCGAGCGGAUGCAGUGGUGUUUGCCCCACUGAAUGCUCUUAGUGGGACUUACUCUGAAAAUAUCCGAAAGGACGCGAACAGCGAACAUGUGCUAGGGGAGAGUCCAAAAAACCCGAAAGGAGGAUAAGCCCACGCACCACCAUGAAGUUCCGUCUAGGACGUCCGCUACUUCUGGCGGUGUUCUUUAUCAUAGUGAUAGUUGCCGAUCAGAUACGAUGCGACGAUGAACCAGCCACUGCAUCGGUUAAACCGGUUAAAAGGAAGGCCAAAAAGAGCAAAUCGAAAAAGCUGGCUACGAAGAACCUAAAAAAAGUACGUCCCGAUCGUCCACAAGCCGAUCGACCACAGGCACAACCACCGGAAUACGAUUCAGCGUAUGAUUAUGGGGAAAAUUACGACUACGGGACGGACCCCGAUUAUGACGGUGAGAGUGGCUCUCGCAAUCCAGAUGCUGGCUUCCGACAGCCAGAAGACGAAAUCCCACGCGUCUCGACAACAACAACCACCACCACUGCGAGGGUUCCCGAACCAGAACCGAUUGUACAACCCUUCACCUGCCUCCACGAGGGGAAGUGGUAUCGGGAAGGCGAAGUGUUCCAGUCUGGCUAUAAAGGUUGUGCCACGUGCCGCUGUCGGAAUGGUUCGAUACAAUGUGACGAGGCAGACUGUCCACGUGUCAUUCCGACUACAACAACUACAACCACUACUACGACCACAGAGAGACCGGAGUUCGAUGCAUCGGCUGUUGGAAAUCGUCUGCCUGCAGCUCCUUCCGGCGAACCGGGUAUACCUGGUGAAGCGGGACAACCAGGUAUUCCAGGAACGCCCGGUAUUCCUGGACCACCAGGACCUCCGGGACCGGCACCAGAUCUAACAUUCUACACUCAACAGAUGCAAGAAACCAUGGGUGGAGCAGAUAAAGGGCCAGGGCCAGAAAACUUCCAGUUCAUGCAAGCUCAGGUUGGUCCUGUUGGUCCGCGAGGCCCGCCCGGUCCAACCGGUGCAACGGGUCCGCAAGGAUUUCAAGGAUCGCGUGGUGAACCAGGUGAGCCAGGACCACCUGGUGUAGGUGGUCCUCCCGGGGCACGUGGAUUACCUGGUCCUCCCGGUAAAGAUGGUGCUGCAGGUGAUGAUGGUGAAGUUGGACCACAAGGUCCUGUUGGAUUAUCAGGACCACGUGGAUUGCCAGGUAUGCCCGGUGUGCCUGGUCUGAAAGGCCAUCAGGGACUGCCAGGACCCGAAGGUAUGAAAGGCGAAACUGGAUCGGUUGGUGAAAAGGGUUCCGUUGGAGCUACAGGACCAGCAGGAGUUCCAGGAGCAGUUGGACCUGCCGGACCUCGAGGAGAAAGAGGACGCGAAGGACCUCCGGGACCUUCGGGUUUGAGAGGCAUUGAUGGAAUUGCUGGACCACCGGGACCACCGGGUCCCGUUGGUAAACAAGGGCCACCUGGCUUUCCUGGAAGCAACGGAGCGAAGGGAGACAUGGGAGGAGCCGGUCCGAAAGGUAGCCAAGGUCCUCAAGGUCCCCGAGGUGAAUCUGGUCGGCCAGGACAACCGGGAGAACCAGGCUUGAACGGUCCACCCGGUAAAGAUGGAGUAUCUGGAGAGAAAGGAAGUCCUGGAUCGCCUGGAAUAGCGGGCCCUCCUGGAUUCCCUGGUCCUCGAGGCGCACCGGGUGCUAAUGGUAGUCCGGGAGACGCUGGCACGAAAGGUGAACCAGGCCUACCGGGUGAGCGAGGAUACAAAGGAGAAGCCGGGAUAAAGGGAGAAGGUGGCAUUCCCGGAACCCGAGGUCUCCCGGGAGCUGUAGGUCCAGAAGGAAAGCGAGGCAAACGAGGCAUGAAAGGACCCACGGGACUUCCGGGAUCGCAAGGAGAACGUGGUCUACCAGGAUCUCCUGGACUCCCCGGUCCCGACGGUGCACAGGGUGUUAAGGGACAGUCCGGGGAUCGCGGAGCGAUGGGACCCCAGGGUCCGAAGGGAUCCAGUGGGGAUCCGGGACCACCGGGAGCCCCAGGCAUGCAAGGCUUGCGUGGACAACCGGGGCGACCAGGUGCACAGGGUAAGGCUGGUACACCCGGGGAACGCGGAUUGCCUGGUGCAGACGGUAAGGUUGGUGAACCAGGACCUCAAGGAUUGCAAGGAUUGCCAGGACCGAUGGGAUUGCCCGGUGACAAGGGAUUCACGGGUGAACCCGGAAAAGAUGGAGAUAUUGGACCUCCUGGCCCGGUAGGACCGAGAGGUGAUGCCGGUAAGGAUGGACCGCCAGGCAUAUCAGGACCCCCAGGUCCUCCCGGAAACGACGGUGAUAGAGGUCCACCUGGUACACCUGGGCCAAGAGGAUUCCAAGGUUUACCGGGUACACCGGGUAAUCCUGGAGCACAAGGAAAAGAUGGACAGAAUGGACCACCCGGACCGCCAGGCCCCGCUGGCCAGCCAGGUAUUCGAGGUGAGCGAGGCUUCCCCGGAGAAAGAGGACCGGUUGGAACACCAGGAACACCUGGUCUGCGUGGAGAGCCAGGAGCGCAAGGAAACGAUGGACCACCGGGAUCGCCUGGACCGAAUGGCAUGAAAGGACACCAAGGUGCUCCUGGUAUGGUGGGUCUUCCGGGAUUGCGGGGCCCAGCAGGACCGGCAGGAGAUAAGGGAGAACGUGGAAGCUCAGGCCCACCUGGACCAGAGGGACCUGCUGGACGAGUCGGAGAACGAGGACUUCAGGGACCGAUGGGUCCUCCAGGACCUCCAGGAGAACCGGCUGAAAAGGGUGAACCAGGUACUCCCGGUAUCCCUGGCGAGCCUGGAGCACCUGGAGCAGUUGGUGAGCGAGGUGCUGUUGGACCGCAAGGUCUGCAAGGAUUCCCUGGCCCUCAAGGCCCGGUUGGAACCCCGGGAGCAAAGGGCGAUCGCGGCAACAUGGGUCUGAAGGGCGAGCAAGGUAACUCUGGACUGCCAGGCGUGCCGGGUGAGCCAGGACCACAAGGAUUAAUUGGCUUGACCGGGUCCAAGGGAGCACGUGGAGAACCGGGAUUACGCGGAGAAACGGGGCCGAUGGGAACACCAGGACGUCCAGGAGAUCAAGGGCCAAUUGGUCAAACGGGUAAUCCAGGUGCACCAGGAACAGCGGGAAUGCCCGGUCUGAAAGGAAAUCCAGGAGAUACUGGUCGACCUGGUAACGCAGGACCACCAGGCAUGCCCGGACAUCAAGGUGCCGAAGGAAUUAAAGGAGAAGCCGGCAGCGAUGGACCUCCGGGAGCACCCGGAAAUCAAGGACCGCAAGGUGUACCAGGCGAUCGAGGACUACCUGGACUUCCUGGUCCGAGCGGUGCUCAGGGCUUAAGAGGAAUGCGGGGAGCUGCCGGUGAACCUGGCACGCCCGGUAAACCAGGCAACGAUGGCCCACCAGGUGUUCCAGGACUAUUAGGACCACCGGGACCUCCGGGACCGACUGGUGACACAGGACCGGAAGGCUCGCCUGGCAAGCAAGGACCACCUGGAAUCGCUGGACGUACGGGUGAUAAGGGACCGAUCGGUAAUCCUGGAACGCAGGGUACAUCUGGUGCACCAGGACUACCGGGACCACCCGGUCCUCAAGGGCCACUCGGACAAACAGGUGAGCGAGGACUACGAGGAGAAACCGGCCCACAGGGUGUAGAUGGUCCUCCGGGACCACGAGGCAAAGCGGGACCACCUGGUUUGGAAGGUCCUAAAGGAGAGAACGGAGAACCAGGCCUCAAAGGUACAAAGGGACAUCGAGGACUGAUUGGUUUGCAAGGAUUGCCCGGUCCAGCCGGUGCACCAGGAGAUAAGGGUAACAUAGGUAAUGAAGGACCAGCCGGUAAACCCGGAGAGGCCGGUCCUCGAGGGCCGCCUGGACGUGAUGGAUCACCAGGGCUUCAGGGAAUGCUCGGAUCAGCCGGUCCCCGUGGUCCUCCUGGAAACGAUGGUAAAAAUGGGCAGCCGGGUCAGCCUGGACCACCGGGCCCUCCUGGACCUCCGGGUGAUGGGGUCGGAUACGAUGCGGCUGCUCUGGCUGCUCUGCUUGGCCAUGGUCAGAUGAGCAAUACGAAGGGUCCAGAUCCGAACAUGGGCGAUGAGCCGAUGAAUCUUGGCCGCGUGUUCGAGCUAACCGAUGAGGAACGCCAGAAGCUGGUUGAGAAUGCGUACGAGAAACUGAAGUCUGCCUUUGCAACUUUCAAGAAACCGGACGGUAAACAGAGUUCUCCGGCAAAGACCUGCCGCGAUCUAUUCGCUGCACACCCUGAGUUUACUUCUGGACACUACUGGAUUGAUCCGAAUGAAGGUGACGCGCGAGACUCGAUCCUAGUGUACUGUGACGCAGAAAAGAAGGCUUCCUGCAUACUUCCGCAACCUCUCCGUACCAAGGAGCUUUAUUACGACGGUGACGAACAGGAAGUGUGGUUGGGUGAACUUAAGGAAGGCAUGAAGAUUAGCUACAAGUCGGACAGCAAUCAGAUCGGUUUCCUUCAGUUGCUCUCAGCAAGUGCGACACAGAACGUUACCUACCAUUGUCGAAACAGUGUGGCCUACUACAACAAGGACAAGAACAGCUACAGACAGAGCCUGAAAUUCCUCGCCUGGAACGAUGCGGAACUAACGGCCCGAGGUCCGCAGCGACUGCGGUACGAAGCCCUACAAGACGACUGUCAGCAUCGAACGGCACACUACAGCCAGUCUGUGCUGAGCUACAGUACCGACAAGCCGAUGCGAUUACCUAUCAUUGACAUUGCGAUCCGUGACGUUGGUGAGAUGCAUCAACAGUUCUGGAUCGAGGUUGGAGCCGUGUGUUUCCAGUGAGCCAAAGAUAAAGAAAUUGGGAGAAAGUAUACCGGGGCUAUGGGGAAAGCGGGUAUAACAACAAAGGAACGAGUGGUGAUGCUGGCAAUGAAGCGAUUGUGAUGACUAUUUCCUUAGGGAACAGGGGUGUCGAUUCCUCUUCGUGCUUUUAAACUCCGCAGAAGAUGCAAAGAGGAUCCUGGAGCAACAACAACUAGGUGGAAGGAAAACUCUUUGCCUCGUCUGCAGGAGUAAGGGAGCGCGUGCGCUUGUAUGUGUGUGUGUAAAAAAAGAAUCAAUAAAAUAAUUUAAUAGUAA